CUCGCGAGAAGGAGGGGCCGCUGCCCUUGGACACGGGGAGCCGGCGGGCUGUACUGUGCGGGGCCAGGGUUGUGCAAUCAUGGCGCGGACGCCUCUUCAGCAAUACCUGGACAUCCCCGAUGGCACCGAGUGCCACCGCAAGACCUACGCCAGCACCACAGUCAGUGGUGCCGCUGGCCUGAUCUUCUCUGCCUACAGUGUCACGCUCCAGCCCCCAGACUCCUUCCUAGAGGGAGUGGCGAGGACAGGGCGAUACACAUUUACUGCAGCCGCCAUCGGUGCCAUAUUUGGCCUCACGUCCUGCCUCAGCGCUCAGGUCCGAGAGAAGCCCGAUGACCCCCUGAACUACUUCAUUGGAGGCUGUGCCGGAGGCCUGACCCUGGGAGCACGCACUCACAGCUACGGGAUCGGAGCCGCCGCCUGCGCGUACAUGGGCAUGACAGCCGCGCUGCUCAAGAUGGGCCAGCAGGAGGGCUGGAAGGUGUUUGUGGCGCCCAAGGUGUAGCCCCCCGCCCCCCGGUCCGCGGGCAGGCUCAGAUGCGACUGAAAAUAAAUUCUGUGUGUAUUCUUU